AUGGUGGUGGUACUUCUAUAUGAGGAUGACAUAAUUUUGACGGAUAGUAACUAUGAUGAGAUUGCUCGGCUACAAGAUGAGAUCUCGCUUCGCUUUGAAAUGAAGAAGCUUGGUGAACUUGGAACUUUCCUUGGUCUACCAAUUGAAAAUUUCGAGAAAUGUUUGUUUGUAUCGCAAAUCAACUACGCAAAGAAGUUGAUAGAUAAAUUUGGUAUGACAGAUGAAAAAAAGAGUUAUACUCCUCUCAACGUAAAUCCCAGACUCAGUCGAGAUGAAGGAACAUGUCUACCAGAUAUUCGUUUGUAUCGUGCUCUUGUGGGAAGUCUGAUUUAUUUGACUAUAAAAAGGCCUGACAUUGUUUAUGCAGCUGGAGUGGUGAGUUGUUACAUGCAGGAUCCAAGGAAACCACACUUCGAGGAAGUGAAGAAAAUUCUGAAGUAUAUUAAUACCUCACUAGAUAUUGGUCUACUCUACGAAAAAGAUGCAAAAUUUGUCUUGCAAGGAUUUGCGGAUACUGACUUUGCUGGAGAUCGAGACGACCAUAAGUCCACAUCUGGUUUGUUUUUCUUUGUGGAAACACUAGCAUAUCUUGGAGUAGAUGGAAAUAAGGAUCGGACAAAACACAUUGAAUUGGAGCAUCACUUUAUUCGUGAAAAAGUACUAGUGGGAAUCAUUGAGAUGGUUGUUGUAAGAAGUGAAGACAAUGAUGUUGAUAUCUUCACAAAAGCACUUCCUAAAGGUCCUUUUGAGGGUUUACGAUCAAAGUUAGAACUAGUUCAUCGGACAUCACUUUAA